CGCGCGCGCGCGCGCGCUGCAAGAUGCCGCAGCAACAGCAGCGUUCGGCCUUCGCGAUUCAGGAGCUGCUGGGCCUCGAUGGCACCGGCAACAGGAGCGGUACCGAUCGCGGCUCCCCGCAGGGCUCGCCGCCCGCCGGGGUGUCGGCCGUCUCGUACGCGCCGGCGGCGCCCCAUCACUCCAAAUUAUGGGAGUACAUGCCCAGCCUGAAUCAUCUCGGCAAUCUUGGUAAUCUGGGGAAUCUGGGGAAUCUGGGCAAUCUUACGGCCUCGCGGAUGGCCUACCUGAACGCGCAAGCGGCCGUGGCAGCCGCCUUUCUACCGCCGCCUCAUCCCCACCCGGCGCACCACGUACCGCAUCAUCAGGUACAUCAACCGGGCCAACUUCCGGCAUCGCCACCCGGCGUCAACCUGCAUCCCGCGGCACAUGCGCAGCACGUACUUCCGGGCACGGCAGUCACCACGAAUCAUCAUCAGCACAGUCCGACUCAACACACGCCGCCUCAUGGAUUUUCGCAGUCGAAAGGAUCAUUCCCGAACACGAGUCCAGGUGUCGGACACAACAUAGAGUCGGGCAAGGACUUCACGGUGGAUGGACUCUCGGGUUUCAGCAAAAAGAAGAAGAAGAAACGCCGUCAUAGCUCCAGGACGAUCUUCACGUCACAACAGCUGGAGGAGCUGGAGGCAGCUUUCAAGGAGGCCCAUUAUCCGGACGUCUACGCCCGCGAGAUGUUGAGUCUGAGGACUGAUCUACCUGAGGACAGGAUACAGGUGUGGUUUCAAAAUCGGAGAGCAAAGUGGCGCAAGACGGAAAAGUGUUGGGGCAGAAGUACUAUAAUGGCGGAGUAUGGUCUGUACGGGGCGAUGGUCCGACAUUCUCUGCCACUUCCGGAAACCAUUUUAAGAAGUGCCAAGGAGAACGAGUCCGUUGCACCAUGGCUAUUAGCUCAAUCAUCUAAGACAAGCGGCUUUAACCAAGAUUUCGAAAAUAAUCAAGAACUGAUUGACUGUGGACCCGUAGGGAUGCAUCGGAAGUCGCUCGAGGCGGCGGAGCAUCUCAAAUCCGGCGGAGAGGACAGCGGCAACGACCAUAACGGAAGCGGAAACAGCCCCCAUCACAAUCAUCAUCAAGGAGGACCAACCAGCUCGGAGAGCGGACAGGAAAGUCAGGAUGGUAUGGGACCUUCUUCGUCCACGAACACACAAUAUUCUUCGAGCGCACACGUAGCUAAAAGUGUCGUACAGGACACGGAGCAGCUAAGAAACGAGAGUAUCGCCUGCCUGAGGGCGAAAGCGCAGCAGCAUCAGUUGCAACUAAGUCUGCAGCCAACUUCGGCGCCACCGAGCAGCUCGUAUCCGUCGGCGCCGCAGUCCAGCACGCUGCACGCCUCAGUUUAAUCACGAUCGCGCCGAUGCCGCGUACUUACAACAAUGACUGACAGUUCCGUGUCCGUUUCGGUAUUCUCCACUUCCGCUACUGACGCACCAUUCGAAAUGGCGCAUGUCAUCUCGCCGAUCUCGGACGGCCGAUUUGGAGAUCCUCGUGAGGAUCUUCACAGCGAUCCUCGCGAACAAAUCGGCAGCACCGAUAUGAAGAUCAAUGAUAUAUUUUUAACCGGUGUCCUCGCGGAGAGGACAGGCCGUGCUGAGGCUGAAGGAUCUUUCCGGUGUCAUUGGCGGAGAUUAGCUCCCAAUUACCUCUUCCGUUCUCUCCUCUACCUCCCCCUUCCAGCUCCUGACGUUCUCCUCCUCCGGAGGCAAAUUCUAUCCGGAGCCGCUGCGAUCGGAGAUGCAGCUCGUCGGCAGAUUCGUCCCAGGGGAGAGAAUUAUUAGAGACUUUGCUCUUGAUUUAUCUCCGCUGAGACUGGUCAACCGACAAUAAACUAGUACGCUAAUCUAAGCUCACUCGUGGACGAGUUCCUCACCGGCGACGCACGGAUGACACGUGGCAGACGAAAACGCAACGUCACCAGAGUAAUCCGGAGUCGAUCUCGCGGCCAGGAAGCGGCGGGUGAUCAUCGCAACGACGAGCGGUCUCGUCUUCGAUGUCCACACUCUCCUGUCGCGUUUCCGCACUUGUAGGCUGGAUCGUGGAGAUCGUGGACGCGUGUACACACAUAUAAAUUCACAUGUACACACAUACAUACACACACAUAUACGCACACGAGCACAAGUACAAGCACGAGCACAACGAAGCAUAAACGAAGCAAGUCCCCCAUCAGCCGUAAUGCAGAGAUACGUUCGCGCAUCUCGCGAGUCGAUCAAGCCGGAUGCGUGGGUUUUGACUUGUCACAGAUUCACGCGAACGGAUCCUUAACAACGACUUGACGAAUUGCAUAUACAUAUAGUAACGAACGAUACCCGCGAGGCGUCUCGGUACGAGAGACGAGACCAAGCGAGAUGAAAUGAAACACCGAGCGGAACGAGCAAACGCCGCAGGAACGGAACAAUGAAACUAAUUGUUAAGCUUAAUCCUCAUCAACGAAGCAGUAGCCUAUCGACGAUGCAACGUAUAUACAAUGAAGAAUCAUCGAUCGACCAGCUGUGGCGGAUGAUCUCGUCGUCGACGAACGCGCACGGCCACGCCUCCUCGUAAGGAGGAAAAUCUCCUCUCGAGUAAGGUCGUCAGCGAAGGACAGACGUAAUUAUUCGAUUCGGCCGAUAGUCCGAAUGGAUUAACGGAUGAAAAUACCUAAUUAGGAGCUAUAUUCGCUUUCAAUAGCGCGCUAUUGCGUACGAGCGCGUGUGUAUGUAUGCGUGCGGCGUGCGUGGUGUGUAUGUGUGUG